GGUAGGUCACUGCAGAGGAAUUGUUAUAUGUUAAUUAUUGAUGUAAGCGACUUCUACAGAAACGUAAGCGACCGGCCACAACAUCGAAUUGAUUGCUGUCGCCGGAACAAAAAUCCGGUUAAUUCUAGCUAUUCAGGAUAGCCCAUAAUACACAGGCACUAUGAGUGAGCCAGGCAUUGACCUUACAGGGAAGCUCAUCAUAAAAGUUGCCCUGGGGGAUGACAUUCGGCGCAUUCUCAUCACUAAUGAAGACAUCACUUAUGAUGAGCUUGUGCUUAUGAUGCAGAGAGUCUAUCGGGGGAAACUGAACAGCUCUGAUGAUAUUGUUAUAAAAUACAAAGAUGAAGACAACGAUUUAAUCACGAUAUUUGACAGCUCAGACCUUAGCUUUGCCAUCCAAUGUAGCCGGAUAUUGAAAAUUACCCUCUAUGUAAAUGGCAAGCCCGAGCCACUACAGUCAAAUGAGUUGAAACUGAUCAAGGGUGAGUUACGUCUGAUACGGGACCGAUGUACACAACUGCUGGACAAACUCGACUCCCGGCCACAAAUGGACCUACCCAGCUCAACUGUGGAAGCAGGACCUGCUGUUAAACCUCCAAAAAAUCGAGUGACAGACAGUCCACGUCGUACGACGCCCCAACCCAGUUUUGUGCCAGUGACGAGUGGCAGUAAGGAGUUUGACCCGCUGUCAAGCCAACGGUCGGGGGACGAGCAGAGUAAAGUCAUGUCCUCGUUUGGCAUUGGUGGAGGAGAGGCACGAGAACGUUCGGGUUCAGCAGACAGCAUCUCGAGUCUAGGGUCAGCAAGCAUUAGACCACAGCCAGGCACACCAACAAAUCAGCCACAACAAGGGGCAUACCAACAGGGAGGAAGCGGGCAGAAGUUGCCACCCUGGCAGCAACAACAACCUGUCACACCCUCCGCCUACAGCCAGGGCCAACAACAAGUGGGUUGCCCAGUUGUGAUGAGUGACCAGAAAUACUACAGUUACCCUCUCCGUGGGUUGACCUCUACUGCGGGAAGGGACUCGCCCCAGACCUAUAAAAGUAUGCAGCAUUACCACCACUCCCUGAUGCAGGCCCACAUGUACACAGGCCAUGAGGACCGAGCGAGUCCCUCCCCCUUAUCCCCCGCCCAACAGCCAACGCCCAAAAGUUUUUCAUGUCCAUCUUUAGCUGCAAUGGGUUACUCUGGAAGCCCCGCACCCGCAGGCCAACCCCAGCAGGCUGGCUACCCAGGACAGCAGGCUAGUAGUGGUCAACCCCAGGCCCCACCCCAAAGCCAACAGCAACCCCAGGGUGGAGGUGGAGCAUUCACUCCUAUAGCCCCUCCGGCUGGGAGCCAACCUCAGGCUCAUCCAGGUUACCCCCAGGGGGCAGGGCUAGCCACAGUUCAGGCCUCCGGUCAAGGCCCGGUGUCAUCCCCAUUUAGCGGACAGUUUGUACCCCAGGGCACACAGCCCGGACAACCUGUUGCCCCCCAGCCUGGCUACAGUCACCCAGGCAUGCAGCAACAGCCUUACCCUACGCAACAGGUUACAGGUGGUCAGCCAGCUCCUGGUACCCAGCCCCAACAGUUCGGUGGUGGUUACCAGACCGGACCCCUGCAGGCUGCCCCGGCCCCACCUGGUCCAGCGGGUUCCCAGCCAGGUAACCCUUAUGCCCGCCAAGGGCCUGGGUACGGGGGAGGAUACCCCAGACCCUCGGGAAACUACCCCCAGGGCUACCAGUAACAUCUGCACUCAUUAUUAUGGCUACAUGUUACCUCCGGCACCAAAGCAGCGACGCUACAAUGAUGAUGUACAGCACCUACACCCCAACUUCAACACUUGAGCAAGCCAUAAAGACUUCUUAAAGAGAGAGAUCUAAAAGUGUCUGACUAUAACAUAGUCAGCUAGGUGCAGGCAGAAAAUGUGCCCUUGUCUGCAUUUAAUCAGAUUAUUUCACCAUUUCUGGUCGAUACGUUCUCCUAUGCUGUGAAUUGUGUUUGAAAUACAGCUCAGCUGAAAUAAUGAUGUUGUGUUCAUAAUCAUGUUAUAAAAUUGAAAUUUCAUAAAUUUCAGUUUCGCCUAUAUAUUUUGUAAUCAUGCCCCAAUUUCUUGGAACUUCUUAAGCUUAACCGGCUUAAAUAGCUUAUUUCAAUUCCCCAUGGCACAUACUUAACUUGAAUUUUGAUCAAUAAAAAAUGGUAUAUUGUGAUUAUCAUGAAGAUAAUUCCUUUCCAACGUAUAAAUACUAUUAAAGAAGUAAAUAUUACGCAAAUUAUUGAUAAACAAAAAUAGUGAGCUUAGCUUAAUCCUGUUAUAAGGGACUUGAGAAGUUUCGAGAAAUUGGGGCCAGAAGUUUGGUAAAGGAAUAAAUGGCGUAAUACUAUUUUUUCCAAUAGUUAGUUGCUAGCUUGUCGGUUGUUCGAAGUAAAGAAAAUUAAGGUAUUGCAAUAGCCUUGAUGUCAUCAUGGACCUCAUGCAAAAACCUUGGCUUUAACUCAAAAAACUUUGCAAGAUAUUCAAAUUUGGUAAACAUGUUGGUAGAGAGCAAUAUGUACAUGAUUGUACAGUAAGGCAUAUAAUUAACAAGGCCUAACAAAAGAGUUUGUUUGGGAAACCCGACCCUACCUAAGAAAUGCCAUCGACCUUUGUAUUAAAAUUAACAAAAAAACAACAACAAAGAACCGGUCCAACUGCCAUAAACACAAUUUUGUUUAAACAUAAACAGUCAUUAAUUCUUGCAGAGAAUAAUGGUCCAUAACAACAGCAAUGUAUGAGUGACAUUUGCAAGAAAUAGUGCUAUUUGCAAGAAAAUGAUUUUGAAAAAGUAUAUUUUGAAAGAAAAGGAGAGAGGUAUAAAUAUUAGCUCUAAGCUAUCUUCUCAAUCCAUUAUUAUCAUGUAUGUAAUUAAUUUUGCCUUUAACAAACAUUUAUUUUAGGCCUAAUGUUCCAUUCAUGCCCCAACAGACGAGUGUUUGGCGUUCGCUCCACGGUGCACAUUUCAUGUGUUUACUUGUAAUUGUUUUAAAAUAUGACUCGUGGUAGUUGUGUGAAAUUUAGAUAUAUUUGGACCCCAUUUACAAGAUUUAUACAAAGAAGUGAACCACUGAUUUAUAUGUAUGUAUGUGUGUGUGUAUGUAUGUGUGUGUGUGUGCGUGCGCGUGCGUGCGUGCGUGCGUGCGUGCGUGUGUGUGUGUGUGUCAUCAUCAAAAUAUAAUUGACAGUGGCCAAAAUGUUCCAAGAAAUUAAAUUAUUUUUGUUGUAGUUAUAUUUUGAAUUUCACAUGUUUAACCAAGUGUUGUGUUAAGGAGAUUUUGAUGAUUAAUGUAUAUCCAAAGUAUAGAUGUACCAUAGAUUGAUUUUACAAUCUUAAUGUGUUUAUUUGUUAUGAUUUGACAGAUUUUGACCACUGUUCAUAAUUUGCUUGCCAAUUUAUGCCCUCUCAUUUUAUAACUUAAUCAUUAGUUGGCAGAAAACAAAGUGUAUUACAAGGCUCAGAUAACCCUUGAAAACUCUUUACAAACUAAACUAGCAUUGUUUCCCUUUGUUUGAUUCUUAAAAUAGAAGAAACUCAUUGUUAAUUUCUUCAUUCUUAACAGUUUAAGUUAAAUUACUUAACGCAAUUUUUAUUUGUUUUCAUAUUACCUAAUCACUUAUUCAUUUUAAUCAAUACAAUGAUGUUAAAAAGGUUCAGAAAACUAUUCUUAGCUGUUUCAGCUGUGGCAACUUUUUACAGCAGAUGUCCAUCCCUUACCUUCUUUGCUGAAACUUAAGUUAAGCCAAGGUUUUAAUGUUUACAGUGUUUGAGCUAAGAAGCAAAUGAUUCAUGACAUGUGCUUUAAGACCAUCAAAGGCAUUAUUAGGAAGUAGUGAUAAGCUUGGUAUGAAAACAUGCUGUUAAUAAAAUCAUUGAUAAUAAUCACAUAUAUUUAUUUAUUUCCAUUUGAAUGCUACAUAACAUUUUCCAAAACUUGUGUGCUGUAAAUUGUAACUAAGAAAAACAUGUAUUUUUUUCUUAUAUUUGGCUUUAAUCGUUCAGUAAAGCAAAACAUUAGUUAUAACUUUUCUUAUUGUUUCGCAUGACUGUUUCUGUGCUGGCCAGAACACAUCAGAAUCAACCUAGCGAUCCCAUUGGCUUGUGAGAGACAUGUGCAUAAACACUAAGACAUGAAUAUAUGUUAGUGCUUAAGUUCAUUGAUACAUUUUGUAUUACAGGAAAGAAUAUGUUGUGUACAUUGUAUUUUAUUCAUUCUUGUGUAUAAAACAUUAAAUUCAAUUUACAUAUAA